AUGAAACUGCCACAGGGGUUUGAAUUUGAGAAGCCUAACCAGGUAUGCAAGCUUCGCCGCUCCUUGUAUGGCCUCAAACAAGCGAGUAGGCAGUGGAAUUCAAAGCUAAGUGCUGCUCUGCUACAGAUGAUGUUCGUGCAAUCAAAGUCCGAUCCUUCUCUGUUUACUAAGGGCGAAGGUGCUACUUUUAUAGUAGUCCUCAUAUAUGUUGAUGACAUACUGCUUACCAGCCCAGACAUAUCCCAGAUUCAGAACCUAAAGAUGUAUCUUGACAAUGCUUUCAAGAUAAAAGACUUAGGCGAGUUGGGUUAUUUUCUUGGAAUUGAAGCACGGAGUAGUGACACAGGUUUGAACCUCUGCCAGUGCAAAUAUGCUAUGGACAUUCUUACAGAAACCGGUUUUCUUGAGUGCAAGCCGGCUUCCUCUCCUAUGGUUCCUGGUAUUCAUUUAUGCCAUGGCGACAGUGAGCCCUUUGCUAACAUUGGCUCAUAUAGGAGACUUGUUGGCCGAUUGUUAUACCUCACGGCUACAAGACCAGACAUAGCAUAUGCCAUUCAACAGCUCAGCCAGUUUUUUGAUUCACCAACUGUGAAACACAUGCAAGCAGCGCAUCAUGUCCUGCGAUAUAUCAAACGAGCCCCUGGGCAGGGCAUCUUUUACCCAAAAGGCGAAGCCACACAACUUACGUUUUCUCCGACUCUGACUGGCCAUAUGUUCAGAAUCCCGUCGUUCCAUAACAGGCUUUUGUGUGUUUCUUGGCAGUGCACUAAUUUCCUGGAAAUGCAAGAAACAAUCGACGGUAUCUAG